AAAAAAUUGUCCUCGAAGGAUAAAAUUAAAGUAAAAAUGAACUUACAUGUGUUGAUUUGAUGAAAUGACAGCUAUCUCCUCGGAUAUGCUUCUCUCAGCUCAGGUAGCUCCUCGACUGUGGUUGUCUCAGCUCAGGUAUUGUCUCAGCUUAGCUAGCUCCUCGGCUAUGCUUCUCUCAGCUCAGGUAGCUCCUCAACUGUGGUUGUCUCAGCUCAGGUAUCGUCUCAGCUUAGCUAGCUCCUCAGCUAUGCUUCUCUCGAUGCAGGUAUGUUUCCCUCACGAGAGCACAACUGCUUAUGAGACCGGAAACCGAGUUGUGAGGUGAGAAAAUGCUGUGAAAAACAAUGAAAUAUUUAAUAACUGCAACCAAAUAUUAGAAAUCAAUAAGUAAGUGUUAUUUCAAAAAUAUCAGAAUGUAACGGAUUAUACUUACUUACAAUCAAAUGUCAGUGUUGUGCUGCUGGUAAACCUCUGGGGAGUUGAGUACAGCACGCUCCAAUUGCACACGCCCCCUCGUAUGCUCUCUCCACUCGUACAAGCCUGCAACAGACAGAGAAACGACUUGGUAUAAAAUCAGUUGCCUCAGAGGAAAAUCACCAUUUAUGUUAGAGAAGAGUUAAGUGAACUUAUAUACCCUACGUGAACUUCUCCCUAAUCAUCAUCUACACAAUGGAUUCAUCAUCAUCUUCAAGCUUCAUCAUACCAGACAGCCCACCAACAGAGCAGCAGCUCAACUACUGGCAGCAGCAGAAAGCUCGCAGCUCGGCUGCCACCUCCGCUGCCAUGGCUGCCGCCUCCUCCACCUCACCCCUGAAGAGACAGGGAAUCUUCAUUCAACGAGAGAGGGGUGAGGAGAUCGUGAUUCCGGACAGUCCUCUGCCACAAUCUACACCGGCUACCUGGGCGCCGCGACGAGCGGUGCAGCCAACUCAACCCAGCAAGCAGCCGGUGAAGAGGAGGCUAGUUUUCGAGGAUGAGGGCGUGCUCACUCAAUCAAAGAAACGUGUGCCGGAAGAGGACAGCUCGAUCGUGCCUCUCUUGAGGGAGGAGGAGGAAGUGGAGACAGAGGAUGAGGACGAGAUGCAAUCGGAGAGCUUUCUGAGAUUAUUGAAUAGCCGCGUCGAGAAGCCAUGGACGCCUCUCCGCGAGUUGGAAGAGGGGUUGCCAUAUCCGAUAUGUGACAUGAGAGAGGCGUCCAACCAGCAUGGGCGGCGAAUUGUGCUCAAAAUCCGGGUACCCGGACUACGUACAACAGAUGUUUAUCUUCCAGAAAGAUUUACCCGGAUUUUGAGCACAAAAGACAUUGAAAAUUUUAAAUUAAAGUGCGAAACCUUAUCUCUGUUUGUAAAGCAUGUUAAUGCUUUUAUGACUGACAUAAAAAUUGUUAAAUGCUAAAUUGUCAUUUAGCAUUUUUUAUGUCAGUGACCAUCUAGCAUUAACAUGCUUUACCUGUUAUUAUGUAUGUGUCAGUAGUGUUCAAUAAAUAGUUUUUUUGUUAUUCUA